AUGGCACCUCCGGGUAUGGCACCUCCUGGGACCGGAGCACCACCGGGUAUGCAACAGCACAAUGCUCAGCAGCCAGGCCGGCCCGGCGGCUUUCCACCCAACUUCCAGCCUCCCGCAAAUAUGCCAAACAUCAAUUUCUCUGCGCCUGUUAUUCGGCUAGGAACCUCAGGUCCUCCCAAGUCAGCAACACCACAUGAAGGCGGUCGUGAGCGUGGCGGAGAUUCUGGAGGACGCCGAGGAGGCCAGCACCACACGGGCUCAAUAGAAUCGCAACGUCAGAAUAUCCGUGAAGCGAUCUUGCAAUUGCAGCCUCCGACAAAGGAUGAAAUUGUGCGCACUGUCUUUGUUAGCGGUAUUACCGAAGGCACUGGCGGUGAUGAGGGAAUCGAACGCAUUCUACGAUCGGCGGGUAAUCUUCGGCGCUGGAUUCGGGCGACUGAUGCAGACAAUAAGCCAUGCAAGUUUGGCUUUGCAGAGUACGAGGACCCGGAAAGUCUUAAUACUGCGGUAGAAGUGCUAAGGGAUAUCGAAGUUCCUGUCAAGAAACAGCGACCCUUCUCGGACGAUGAAAAGGAUAAUGCUGAAAUUGAAAUGAGUAAAUUAAUGGUGGUUAUUGAUGAUAGCUCACUCAAAUACCUUGAACAAUAUGAAAUGAACAACAGUCAAGAGCCCGAAGCAGUACAUUCACGCCUUGAAUCUGCGAGAAAGAACCUUGCGAACGUUCUAGCCGAACUUACUAAACCCUCAGCUCAAUCCAAAGCAGAUGCAACGGGAUUCGACAGAGAUGGCGAUACUACUAUGGGCGAAUCAGAUAAGCAGAACGAUGGUGCUGCAGCAGAAGUUAUCACGAUUCCUAUAACCGUGGAAGAUGAACUAUCAGAUAUCCCCGCUGAAAUGAGGGAAACCGUCGCAAAGGAGAUCGCAGCUUUCCGUGAAAGAAGCAAUCGCCGAGACCUUGAACGACUGAAGCGCGAAGAGGAGAUCGAGUCUCUAGAACGAGCUAGAAAUGCCGGUCCUUCACGCCCAAACAGACUAUCGUCUCCACCGCAUUCAGCCCCAAGUGGUCCUGCUGGAGGUGCCAAUGGAAUUCCCCUUGGCCCUCGAGAUAGGGGCGUACCAAAUGCGCCAUCUGGGCCAAAGGGUUACGGACACCAAAUUCCAAAGGACUAUCAAAAGGGUGUCUCCUUUGUCAACACUAAUGGAAUAAACAUAACGCCGGAGGACGAUGACACUGAUGCAAAUGAUUCUGAGGUAGAAAGAAGGCACCAGGAAAAGCGAAAUGCAGAACUCGAGAAACAGGCCUUAGAUCAGGAACGGCGAUGGCUAAAUCGUGAAAGAAGCAGAACGGCUGCUGUGGAGAGAGAAAAGAACCGAGAACGAGAAGAAGGGCAACGCGCGGAAGAAGAGAAACGCGCUAUGGCUAAGCGACUACGAGAGUGGAAUGAUGAUACGGAAGCCAGCAGAAAGGUGGAGGAAUACUACGCCGAUCGCGGUGUAUGGAUACGCAAACGUGCCACAUUCCGAAAUAGAGAAGUCGCUAUGGACGAAGCUGAUCGCGCAGCAGAGGAACGAGAGAAAGCCAAAGAAGCCCAGCAGCAGGAACAAGCUCGUGGAAUGGCUGAAGACUUCCUUGCUCGCCAAGCGCAGGAAAUAGAGUCUCGCAAUCAGCCACGCAAGGAACCCCAACGCUUCAAACUAUCCCUUGGGGCAGCAGCCCAGAAAGCUCAGCGGAGAACUGUUGCUGAAGUUGAGGGUCUACUUGAAGACGAGGAAGAUACUGCGGCCACAACUAGACGUCCUCUGACGGACAUUAAAUUCGACACCAUUGCUGAAACAACCGGUCUUAGUGAUGAAGAGCGCGCCCAGGCCGCGAGACAACUUGCAGCAGAGAUUCCUUCAGACAAAGAGGGUCUCUGGAAAUGGGAAGUCAAGUGGGAAUUUGUGGACGAGGCUGUCCUGGGAGACCAACUUAAGCCGUUCGUGGAAAAGAAGAUCAUGGAGUAUCUUGGUGUGCAGGAACAGAUGUUGGUGGAUGUAGUGGAAGAGCAUAUCCGAAAGCGCGGGAGUCCUCAGGAUCUCGUGGAGCAGCUGGAAGGAGCACUUGACGAAGAAGCAGAAGUUCUGGUGAAGAAGCUGUGGCGUAUGAUCGUGUUCUUCUCCGAGAGCGAAAAGAGAGGUCUCUCAAGUUAA